GCUUCCUGGUCAACUACAAAUGGAACGAUCGUGUUGAUUUAAAAACUGCGCUGCGGUGGGAAACCUGUUAAAGGGAUUGAAAUGUCGCACAGAAGGGAUUGUAGCCUCGUCGUAGUCGUCGUGCUUUGCCUGUGUGCGACUGCGACAUGUACGUUCUCCACUUUGGAUCAUCUCAAGCCGCAACGCGGCGAUAAGACGCAGGGCAGAGCUGUGAUCGAGCUGCUGAGACGCCUGCUGGGCAACAGAUCCACGGAGUUCAUCGUCGUAGUCAACAGGAACCUUUCCAACGAUAGCCUGGACGUGUGCGAGCUCAGGUCCACCAAAAACAACAAGAUAGUCGCCACGGGUAACACCGGAGUGUCGGUGGCCUCAGGGAUUUACAACUACUUGAAAUAUUUCUGUAACUGUCACGUUUCCUGGUCGGGUGACCAGCUGGACCUACCUCGUCCUCUGCCCAAACUCUCCGGUGUCCUCCGCAUCAACACCCAGCACAGGUUCCGCUACUACCAGAAUGUCUGCACUGUUAGCUAUUCCUCUGUGUGGUGGGACUGGCCAAGGUGGGAAAGAGAGAUUGACUGGAUGGCGCUUAAUGGAAUCAAUCUACCACUGGCCUUCACUGGCCAAGAGGCCUUGUGGCAAGAGGUUUAUCGUGCCCUUGGUUUAAACCAGUCAGAAAUUGAAGAGUUCUUCUCUGGCCCAGCGUUUCUUGCAUGGAACCGAAUGGGGAACAUGUUCAGGUUUGGGGGACCUUUGCCACAGUCCUGGCAUGUGAACCAGCUCUACCUCCAGUUUAAAAUUUUGGAACGAAUGAGAUCAUUUGGCAUGAUUCCAGUGCUGCCAGCCUUCUCUGGGAAUAUUCCAAGGGGAAUCCUCAGGUUGUAUCCAGAAGCGAAUGUAACAAGACUGGGACCUUGGGCUCACUUCAACUGCAGUUUCUCCUGCUCUUAUAUCCUGGAUCCCCAGGAUCCACUUUUCCUCCAGAUUGGUUCUCUCUAUCUAUCCCAGGUGGUAAAACAAUUUGGGACCGACCACAUCUACAACACCGACACCUUCAAUGAGAUGACUCCACCUUCCUCAGACCCUGCCUACCUGUCGGCAGUCAGUCGGUCCGUCUUUGCCUCAAUGACUGCAGUUGAUCCUCAAGCAAUUUGGCUGAUGCAGGGAUGGUUGUUCUUUAGUGAUGCAGCUUUCUGGAAGCCUGCCCAGAUUCAGGCCCUACUACACGGAGUGGCCCUUGGACGGAUGAUCGUGCUCGAUUUGUUUGCCGAGACCGAGCCAAUUUUCUCUUACACAGAGUCUUUCUACGGGCAGCCUUUCAUCUGGUGCAUGCUGCAAAACUUCGGGGGCAACAGCGGCUUUUUUGGCACGGUGGAGAGUAUGAACUCGGGGCCUUUCAAAGCCUUGCAUUUCCCCAACUCCACCAUGGUGGGCAUCGGUAUGACGCCGGAGGGCAUUGAGCAGAAUCCCGUCAUGUAUGAGCUAAUGAGCGAACUGGCGUGGCGCAAGGAGCCGGUCAACUUGGUCAAGUGGGCGUCUCUGUAUGCUGUACGCCGUUACGGCACGACACAAGACGCCGUGAUUGCCGCGUGGAGACUCCUGUUUUUCAGCGUCUAUAACUGCACGGUACCACAUUACCGAAAUCAUAACCACAGCCCACUGGUGCACCGGCCGUCUUUUCACAUGAAUACCGAACUAUGGUACGAUCCAGCAGACUUAUUCAAAGCCUGGAAACUAAUUAUGGAAGCUUCGCCUUCGCUCGUGUCCAAGGAAACCUUCAGGUAUGAUCUUGUGGAUGUGACUCGGCAGGUCUUGCAAGAGUUAACUACGUCCUAUUACCUGGAUAUCACCGAUGCCUUUCAUAAACAGAAGUUACCAGAACUGCUAAUUACAGGCGGUGUCCUCAUCUACGACCUUUUCCCAGAGCUCAACCGUUUGCUUAGUAGCGAUCGCAACUUCCUGUUGGGAACAUGGCUGGAGCGUGCCAAGUCUCUAGCUAUUGAUGAUGAGGAGGCCAAGGUCUACGACAUGAACGCCAGGAACCAACUCACUCUGUGGGGCCCCAGCGGUGAAAUCCUGGACUAUGCCAGCAAGGAGUGGGGCGGCCUCAUGGAGGACUACUAUGCCCAGCGAUGGGGACUGUUUGUGCAAACUCUGGUGGAGUGUCUGGACAGUGGACAGCCAUUUAGGCAGGAUGCCUUCAACCAGGCUGUUUUCCAAGUAGAGAAGGGAUUCAUUUAUAACGGCCGAAAGUACUCCACUAAGCCUCAGGGCGAUACGUACGAGAUCGCUCGCAGGAUCUUCCUAAAGUAUUACCCGCAGGCCUUGAAAACCUUGAAAAGACUAUAAUGAUUAGUAGAGACUACAUUUUAGAAGCAAGGUGUUGAUGAGGAACUGCAAGAAGAAAGUGAAUUCUCAGAAAAAGCAAAUCAUGUUUUUGCCGAUUCAGUCACUCCUUCUUGGAAUGUUUUAAACGCUGUAAGAAAAAAAUUAUUCAAACUGAAGUGUACUAAUCAAAUGUCCAAUGGAAGAGAUGCAAUGAAGACAUUUUGGCUGCUUGUGAAUAUGCUGCCUCAAACUGUACGUGGGUAUCUGCAGUAAUCAUUAGACCUUUCAGAGAAAGAUCACAUUUUUGUCAUUCAACCCCAGUAGACUCUCCUUUUGACAUUUGGAUAUCAUCGAACAUAAACACUCUAGUCUGUUUGCAAAAA